AUGGUCGGCCUACUCCUCAUCCCGUACAAUGACAGCAUGCGCCUCGGUCAGGGGUACGACUCGUUUCUCCAGGAGGCGCGCGCGGACGGCGCGGUGACCUUUGGCAAAGAGCGCAUCUCACAAACAACCAUCGACCAUACGGCGCCCGUAUCGCAGGUCGUCAGCUACUCGUCAAGAUUCGUCGAGAAGCUAUCAGAUAUCACGCAGUCGAUGAAUAUUUCGGCGGGUAACUCGAUCAAGAGCGGGACGAUCGAGGUUUCAGGGAGCUCGCUCUCCAUUGAUGAGGCUAAAUUUUCCUCGUCCGAUAUCAACGCCGUUGUCUCGGUUAAGGUGAUUAAUCAGACGACGACAAUUGUUGAUUCGGCCAAAUUUAAUCAGAAUGCGUACAAGUUCGAAAAAAUGGACUCGGGAAUUUUCCACGACUAUUACGGCGACGCAUUUAUCUCCGGCUUCGUUGAAGGAGGAGAACUGCACGGCAUCGUCUCAGUCCGAGCACUUUACCCUCUCUACAUCCGGCGUCACGGGGGUGUCGACUCGGCGCUGAGCGCAUCUGAAACCACGAUCUCAGUCAACUGGAUGGGCGGCGGGCAGAUCAAAAACGAGCAAGACGAAUGGUCGCUACAGGAGCUCUUCAAGGCCGCGGCCGCAUUCCCUGCGCGCGUGAGCAAAACGCCCAAACGCACGCAUGCAAUCCUAACCAAGUAUGAUAAUAACCUCAGCUUCCUGGCAUGGGCGCAGCCGCUCCAGAUCAAGAUCCCGCAGUAUGAUGCCUCGUAUGCUUAUGCGCGGGAGUUGUUGGAUAUGUAUAUGGCGUACAAGGCGCAUAUGACGCUCAUACAGGCUGCACUGGAGGCGCCGGAGAAGUAUCAGAGGAGUGAGGCUGUCGAUGCGGUGGAUGUUUCGAUCCGCGCGCUGGCGACGACGCGGAAGAUGAUUAGAGCUGAGAUGUCGACGAUUGUGGAGGAUAUUGAUAAGCUGGAUAAACGCCCCGGGUUGGCUAAAGAGAUAGAAGCUGAGUCUCGAGUAACGGCGCCAGAGCUCUGGGCCAUUCGACUGCCAGUUAAAAUCUCUAAGGACCUAGGAACAAGUAAUGCAGAAGCGGUGCAAAUGAUCGAGAAUGGGCUUCUGCAAUUCUCAUUCGAGAACGGACUCGAGGAGCCCGCAACCCCCAAAAUAGAUCCCAUCCAACAGGCCCUAGAGGAAACAAUGGCUUCCACGCAGGCUGAAUGUAUCAAGCUCGCAGACAAAGUCGCCGAGACACAACGGACUCUCCAACUUACACAGGCCGAGCUUGCACGCACACAGGAGCAGCUUGAAUCGUCCCGCAAGGCUCAGGAGGCAGCCACUGUCGACCACCGUGUUGCACUAGAAGCUGCACAGCGAGACGUCGAGGCGGCCAAGACCGAUACCGUCCGUAUGCAAACUGCGCUCAGUCGGCUUGAGGGGUAUGUCAGUUACCCAGCCAACAGUGCAGUCUGUAUUCUCUCCAUCGUUUAUGGGUCACGUUUUUACAAUGAUAAACAGUCGGUGAUUGACCGAUUGCGGUACCUGAUUGAACGGCAUGAAGAAUUCAGGAUCACGAACGACGUUUGCGAGGACGACCCGCUGGUGGGUACUCGCAAGCAGUUGGUUGUGGUGUAUCGAUUCACUGAGAGCUCGCGAGUUGGACGCAUACGGAUUCUUUCUGGGUGGGAGGGCAACACCUCCCAAUUUGAUGCGCUGGAUUCGAUGUAG